CAGAGCAGAAAGGAAGGUUAAUUUGAUCAAACUCGUGAAGUGUGACAUGGAGGAAGGGAGGAACGAUACUGAAAGAGGAGGUUCGCAUUCUCACGGCCAGUUAGUUCUGCAUUACAUGUUGCAACAGCGCGAAGGCAGGAAACAGAGACGACACACUCAACGUUUCUCUGCAUCACACUGAUACCACAGACAGAGCGAGAGAGCGAGCGAGAGAGGGAGGAAAGAAAAGAGGAGGAGAGGAGAGGGUGAAACUCUCCAAACUGGAUAGAGUCGAGUGAGUAAACGAAGAAAAAAGGAGAGGAAAAAGACCAAAACGAAAGGAGGUGAAAGGAGAACAGGUGGUGGAGAUAAAGGAGAAGCUGGUGAACACAAGCGCAACGAAAAGAGUGAAAAACUACGCAGGGCAAAAGAAAGGAGGUGAAGAGGAGCAAAGCCAAAGCAAGCAGAGAGGAAGAGGAGGAGGCAGGAAAGAAGAAGAGGAGCACAAGAGGAGAAAGGGGUCAACAAGAAGAGGAGACGAGAGGAGUGAGACUUUAAGCAGAAGAGGAAGCAGAAAGUCAGAGAGGAGGGUGAGGGGAGGAGGUGAGGGAAGCAAGGAGGAAAUAUAAGGAGGCAAGACAAGGGAGGAAAGGAGGACACACCAGAGGAGGAGGAAGUGGAGGAAGAGAGGAGAGGAGGCAGACGUUGAGAAAAGUGGAGCACAAAGAGAAGAAGAGAAAGAAGAGGUGAGGAAAGGAGGAGGAUCUGCAGAGCCGUCAUGGAGGUGGACAUCAGGAAACAGGGGAUGCUCUACCUGCUGCAGCAGAGGUUUGGAAAGAAGUGGAAGCGUGUGUGGUGCAUCCUGUACAGAGAAAGCUCCUGUUCGAUUUCCAGACUGGAGUUCUUUGAGUAUAAAGAUGGAGGAAGUGUGGAGAAGAUCGACAAAAAUCUACGCAAACAGCAAGAACACAAGAAGGUGAUCCGUCUGGCGGACUGUAUCCGGGUGUCGGAGGUGGAGAUGGACGGCUGUCCCAAAGACACGGGACCCUUCCUGAUCGAGACCACAGAGAAGAUCUACAUGUUCGCUGCAGACAAACAACAGCUGGACGACUGGACACACAAACUGUGUGAGAUCGCCUUUCCUAUGAGUUGGAUGGAGCACAGUGUGAGGAGAGGCAGCCUGCAGAGAGGAAACAGGGUGGAUGAAGAUGAAGGAAUGGAGGACAACUCACUGUACAGCGGCAGGGAGACAGUGCGUGACUUCAGAGUGUGUGUUCGGAGGACGGAGGCGUCUGAUCGCUGCAGACUGAAAGGAGACGGCGUCCUGCGGGCAGACGUAGACGCUCUUCACCUGAUCGAUAAGACGGGAGACGUCGUGUGCACCUGGCCGUACAGAUACCUGCGCCGCUUUGGGCGAGACAAGUCCACCUUCUCCUUCGAGGCCGGGCGGAGGUGUGACUCCGGAGAGGGGAGUUUUGAGUUCGAGACCAAACAGGGGAACUUAUUGUUUCUGGCCGUGGAAGCUGCCAUCAACAUGCAGCGGAUCUCCCUCCCCCACAGACAGACCUCCGGGGGUGGCCAGGUGACUCCAGAGACCCCCCAGGACCUGAACCUGCCCCCACUCAACCUGCCUGUGGUCCAGAGCAGGCCGCCACUGCUGCCUCAGCCCCGCAACCAUAUCCCACAACCCCCUGCUGCUCAGGCCGCUGACGAUGUGUACAGCAUGCUGAACGAAACUCCAAAUCUUCCGAUGAUUCAUCACAAAGACAAAGAGACCUCCACUCCUUCACAGCAUCAACAACAACAACAUCGCCCCCCGCUGACUCGUCUGGAGCCUCCAGUCGACAAAACGCUGACCGGGGUGAAGAGUUUGACACUGGACACUCGCGGCAUCCCGAUCCCCCGCAAGAACCAGGUCAAGAUGAUCUCCAGCUGCCCUCUGCCUCAUGCCGGCCCCGAGCACGGCCCCAACUCGGCCCCUGGGCCCGGCUCCACCCCCACCCUCAACCCCCGCCUCAGCCCCAAACUGAGCUCCAACCCGGAGCAGACGUACUCCCAGAUCAGCCUGCCAACCGCCGCAGAGCGAAGCGCCAAGAGGGAGAAGAGAGGCGGCGGCGUGGCUCCCCCCUGCACCCCCCCUCUUAUCCCCCAGGAGCCAGAGUACUCCCUCCCCUUCGACACCAUCACCAUAAACGUCAUGUCCGACACCUUGGCUUCCCAUCAGAGCCAUGCAGCUGAGGCCGGCGCCGACCCGCUCUACGACAGCAUCGACGAGAUGAAGAUCAGAAACCUCUUCCUGAGCGACGCCGACACUCUUGGGCCGUCGUACAGGAAGGUGGAACACAUCUACGACGAGCCCGAAGGCUGCGCUGCCGCCGCGGAGACGCCAGCCACCUCUGUGUAUGACGACCCCGAGGAAAUGAGAGGAGACGCCUGGAGGAUUAUGGGUACAGCUGCUGACCCUAAAGGUCAUGAGUACCCGUACAACCCCCGGGUGGACGACUACGCCGUGCCCAAACGUCCCCAGAGGGUGUUUCCUGUUAGACAAAGCACCAAGGAAGAGGAAGAGGAUGAGGAGGAGGAGCCAAAGGAGGAGGAGGAGCAGAGCAAGCAACAGCAGGAUUCAACGUACAAAAACGUGAUGGUGAAGAUGGCGUAGAGGAGACAGGAAGCAGCCACACAUACAGAGAGUCGACUCAGAUCAACGAUUCAUAUUUAAACAAUAAUCACUGAUGAAAGUUUGCAGACGGCCUCCUGAGCUGAUCACCGAAACUCUGUAAAGUUGUGAAUCUCUGGCUGAUCUGCCGUCUUUAGUCUCUUUACAUGUUAUGGUUUCGCGGCGGCGUACCUGUCCACCACUGUGAAGGACGACGCCUGUCAGCGCCGCCGUCUGUGUUUAAAAUAAAGUAAUAAUAAUUCACAGUUCAACUCAGCUCGUUGUUCUGUUUUUAUUCAGCGGGGUAUGUGAAAAAAUAUGUGAAAAAAGAAAAAUGUCCUUUCUCACAAACUUUAUAACAGCCAACUAAAUGUUCUUAGAUGUCAGAGCAUCUUUGAACGCACCACCAUGGACGGUGUUGAAAAUGGUCUCUGCUCAUAACAGCAUCAGUAUUUAUUUAUGUUUACAAGAUGCGAUGAAGUUUGAUUUGGGAAGAAAUUAUUUAUUAUUAUUUCAUGAAUGUGACCUCAGUCCGAUGUUGUCCUCCAGCAGACGGCAGCAGAGCUCACAACAUCUGACUGCAUCCGACUGAACUGUUUCUGUCUGUUUGCAGUUUGAGACUCAAAUGUUAGUGUUUAAGUGUGAUUUGAGAACUAAAUAACUAGUAUAUUCUAUAAAUCCUUUCACAUGUUUAUCCAGCGAGUGUUUGAUGUAUUCAGGAUGUGUGCCGUGCUGUUUUCCUCUGAGUUUGUGUACAGAUGUUAAUCUGUAAAUCUGAAAUAAAUCCUCAUUUAUUGUCGAA